UCCGUAAGCACACAUGAUUGUAUUUCUUUAUGACAAAAAAAACAACAAAAAACACACAAAAACAUUUUUGUUUCUGGGUGUUGUUGAUAAACGGUUUUCGCCUUGCAUAGGAGAGUUUUAACUUGCACUUACAGAUGUAGCGACCAACUGUAGUUACUGACAGUGGGUUUCUGAAGUGUUCCUGAGCCCAUGUGGUGAUAUCCUUUACACACUGAUGUCGCUUGUUGAUGCAGUACAGCCUGAGGGAUCGAAGGUCACGGGCUUAGCUGCUUACGUGCAGUGAUUUCUCCAGAUUCUCUGAACCCUUUGAUGAUAUUACGGACCGUAGAUGGUGAAAUCCCUAAAUUCCUUGCAAUAGCUGGUUGAGAAAGGUUUUUCUUAAACUGUUCAACAAUUUGCUCACGCAUUUGUUGACAAAGUGGUGACCCUCGCCCCAUCCUUGUUUGUGAAUGACUGAGCAUUUCAUGGAAUCUACUUUUAUACCCAAUCAUGGCACCCACCUGUUCCCAAUUUGCCUGUUCAAGUGUGGGAUGUUCCAAAUAAGUGUUUGAUGAGCAUUCCUCAACUUUAUCAGUAUUUAUUGCCACCUUUCCCAACUUCUUUGUCACGUGUUGCUGGCAUCAAAUUCUAAAGUUAAUGAUUAUUUGCAAAAAAAAAAAAAAAAAAAAGUUGAUCAGUUUGAACAUCAAAUAUGUUGUCUUUGUGGCAUAUUCAACUGAAUAUGGGUUGAAAAUGAUUUGCAAAUCAUUGUAUUCCGUUUAUAUUUACAUCUAACACAAUUUCCCAACUCAUAUGGAAACAGGGUUUGUACAUAUAGCAAUACUUAACCAUAAAUGUAAUUCAUCACAUUCGUAAGGACAGAAUGAUCUUAAGCCGGAUCAAAACCUUCCAUAAAAGCUCAAGUCUGGUCUCCCAAUUCUGACACAAAUUGUACAUCUUAAAUAUAACAACGUUUAAUUAUCACUCGAUUCAUUAUAUGUCAAUAUUGAGAAUGUUUUUUUCAAUAACAAUUUAACAAUAUUUUCAUUAUUACUGCAGAACUGCACUGCUGUAUACUGGCAGGUGUUCCUAAUAUAUUGUCCAAAACAUAUUGUUACAUAUAAAUACGUGUCAUGUUUUUUAUGAAUGCAAAUGAACAAAAAUCAAUAUGAAUGAAUAUGUUCAAUGAAAAAUUUUAAAAUAAAGAUGACGAAAACCACUAAUCUCCAAAUUAAAGCAAAUCUUUAAGGCCAACACAAAUAGACAGACAACAUUGUACUCAAAUAUUAAAUGAUAAUACAAUAUAUAAUACAAAUAAUAAUAAUCAGUUGUAAAAUGUUCUAUACUGUAUGAGUGGUCUAUGGCGCCAGACUUAAGGAUCAGUAUAUUCCUUUAAGUUUGAUUUAUGGUCUCCACAAGGAGGUGUUGGUUCAAAUCCCAUUUCUGACACGACGUCCAUAGUUUAGAAACACUCAAAAUGUACAAAAAAAAUAUGUAAGUACAUCUUCAGGCUCCAUCUAGUGGUACAACCAAAACAUUACUUGAUUAAAGUAAAGGGUUUUAUUUUCCUAUAACAGUGUUACUGUUCAAACUGUGUGUAAUGUUACAGUUGCCAAAAAUAUUAAAUAUACUUGUUUUUAAAACCUCUGCCUUGAUUUUUAAUGAAUACUUAGGCCUACUAGGCUAUUGUAUUUUAAUGUAGGUCAUUCUGGUGGUACUUGGAGAGUCACGUUUUUUCUGAGGUGGCACUUAUAGUGAAAAGAGUUUGAGAAGCACUCCUCUACAAAAUAAAAACAAACAGUAGAUUGUAUCUUAGAAAGGAUAAUAUACAUAGUAGUUGCAUUCAAGGCAUUGACAAAUAAAAGAGAUGACAUCAACUUAUGUUUUGAAUAUUGAUGCAAAGAUGCUGUGAAAGUGAGCCUCUACCGCGCAUGCGCCAUGAUGGCCUCAUUAAGGAGGCGUAAAUUCAACAACUUCUACUUCAUAUCUUCUUUUUCCCCUAAAUUUGCUGCACUUUGACGGACACACCUUCUUCAGUUGAAACACCUCCUUCUAGCCUCCUCCUCCUCCUCACUGUGACACUUUUCCCUUCACGGAGAAGCAGACUGGAACAAGUUUUAGUGUGUCAACUCAACAAGCUCGUUAACAAGUUAGCAUAACCCGACAUUUCACUUCCGUGUUGUUCUUCUUCGCUGUUGGAGGACCUAAGUGUUCAUUUCUCCUCAUUCUCUUCACACCUGCACUAGCUUCUUGUUGCUGUGGACUCUUUUUUUUUUUUUUAAAGGAUUUUACCCCACUGGACGCUUUUUAAGUGUCUUUCCUUUUCAUAAAUGGACUUUGCGGGACUUUAGGAAGUUUUUAAGGUGAAAUCGUCGCCACUGUCAAAAUAAAAGCCCAACGAAGUGGAGCUGAUCCACUUUCCGCACUUUUCUGAGCAAAACAAGAUAAGCCGGCUGUAUAAGUAUAAAGGCGGCGGACCAUGGCGGACCGCAGUCCGGUGAGCAGACGGCGCACCGGCGGAUUCCGGCACUUGCUGCUGCUCGUCCUCCUCGCCGGAAGCCUGCAAUUGUUGGUGGACGCCAACUCGUGGUGGUCCAUGGCUCUGACCCCCAUCCAGAGGCCUGAGAUGUACAUCAUCGGAGCUCAGCCUCUCUGCAGUCAGCUGUCGGGUCUCUCCCAGGGUCAGAGGAAACUAUGCCAGCUGUACCAGGACCACAUGAUGUACAUUGGGGACGGGGCUAAGACUGGCAUCAAGGAGUGCCAGUACCAGUUCAGACAGAGAAGGUGGAACUGUAGCACGGUGGACAACACGUCCGUCUUUGGACGCGUCAUGCAAAUAGGUUCCAGAGAAACCGCCUUCACUUACGCCAUCAGUGCCGCCGGUGUGGUGAACGCCAUCAGCCGAGCGUGUCGCGAGGGCGAGCUGUCCACGUGUGGCUGCAGCCGGGCAGCGCGACCCCGUGACCUCCCCCGUGAUUGGCUGUGGGGCGGCUGCGGCGACAACGUUCACUACGGCUACCGCUUCGCCCGGGAGUUUGUGGACGCCCGCGAGAGGGAGAAGAACUUCCCACGCGUCUCACCUGAGCACUCACGGACGAUGAUGAACCUGCAGAACAACGAGGCGGGGCGGCAGGCGGUGUACAACCUCGCCAACGUGGCCUGCAAAUGUCACGGCGUCUCCGGUUCCUGCAGCCUAAAGACCUGUUGGCUCCAACUAGCCGACUUCAGGCGCGUUGGCGAAUUCCUUAAGGAAAAAUACGACAGCGCCGCCGCCAUGCGCAUCGGACGCAAGGGCAAACUGGAGCAGGUGGACAAGCGUUUCAACCCCCCAACCCCGGAGGAUCUGGUCUACAUCGACCCCAGCCCGGACUACUGCCUCCACAAUGAGACGACGGGCUCGCUGGGCACUCGGGGCCGCCUGUGCAACAAGACGUCAGAGGGCAUGGACGGCUGCGAGCUGAUGUGCUGCGGCCGCGGCUACGACCAGUUCAAGACGUACAAACACGAGCGCUGCCACUGCAAGUUCCACUGGUGCUGCUACGUCAAAUGCAAGCGCUGCACUUCACUGGUCGACCAGUUCGUCUGCAAAUAACCGCCAAUAUUCAUCCAUCCUUUCCUGCCUGUAAGCACCAUCCCUUCCUGCUUUCCUCAUCCAAACCCACGUUGGCUUAGCAGGUGGACCCGACAAGGACACGUGUGAAAUAUACAAGUCAACGACACCGUGAUUAUUAUUUAAAAGAGACUCACACACACACACACCGUCGUUAUGUCCUUCCACGAGGCUGCUCGAGUCCCCAAAGACAUAUGACCUUUCACCACGAAAGGUUCUGGCCUGCGGACGUGCUGAUGAUGCACAAUCGCGGCACAUCAGCAGAAGGGGGAGUCAACACCUGGAAGACUAAGAAAUACUAUGAAAAUACUACUACAAUAAAAAUACUACUACAAUGAAAGUACUAGCACAGUUAGCAUGAUGCUCUCAGCUCCGUUAUUGUCCAAUAGCGAGAGUAAUGAAGCGAAGAGACAAGUCCAGCGGCUGUGAUUGGAAAUGAGUCAGUUAAGCUCCCUGAUGAAAUUAAUAUCCAAAUGAUGAAACUGACUAUGUUGGGAAAAGAAGAAUGUGUGUAAGCUGGACUGCAAUUUAUUACGAGCUACUUUAAAGAGAAAGUAUAUAUUUUAUUACUGUUCAUUUUCUGUUUUAUAUGUUUUACAUAU